UCGGAAGCCAAAUAGGUUUUGGAUUUUGAAAAAUUGAUUAAAAAAUUUAACCAAACGCACUGUGUAUAUAUUAAGGCGGUACAGCUCGAUUGCAGCCCUAGUUGGGUGCAAAACAGUCAGAAGAAUUGGGGACUCAAGAGGCGAACCUUAGAUUAGAGGGUUUCUCUUCACCAGGGUUGGGGUAGCAAAGUUUGGUUCGUUAGAGACGAGGAAUAUCACGAGGAGGGAGAAAUAAAAGAGGUCCAAUCCAAUCGAAGAUUGAAAUACAAGGCAGUGAUGGAGGAAAACACGUUGAUUAAUAGUAGUUCUUCUCUUGUUUCUGGUAGCGAAGGUGAGAGCAAUACACUUGCUCCUGACAAAAGCACACUUGAAAGUGAGAACUGGGGGGGUGAUUUUUGCAACUCAGAUAACAUUGACUCGGAUUCGACUGAAUUUGAAAUUGGGGGACUUCAUUACGGUCCUUAUAGCGACGAUGACGGGGGACUUCAUUACGGUCCUUAUAGUGACGAUGACGGCUUUCGGUAUGAAACGAAGGAGACCAAUUUUGUUUGGGAUGGAUGGGAAGCUGCUCUAAUUGUGUCUAAACGAAUGCUGGCAGAUUAUUAUGUUAAAAGCAGUUCAGAAAAAGAAGACAGCAGAAAGGUGUUGACACUUGAACCAUAUGAGACCCAUUUUGGAAAAAGCAAUGUUAGGCAAACAUUGGAGCUUGAAGGGAGUGGCCUAGCCACCAGAAAGGUUUCUUGGUUGUUUUAUCCUUAUUUGGGAAAGGUAGUCCAUGAUGCCUCAUGGUCUGGGCCAAUCAGUGAAGAACAAUACAUCAAGAUUGGUAAGGCUAUUGCGGUAUUAGCGCAUGGAGCGAUGUGUUAUGUUAUGUUCUGUUCCUUCAAGGAGCUAAUCAAAGACAAGGAUUACAAUACUGUUGGCGAAAGUGUGUUUAAAAGUAUUGUUAAGUUUGUCCUGAGUGUUUUUGAUAUGGAAGAUUUUGAGAAAAUAUUUGAUCAGAGUGUGGUUGAGGAUGAGUACUCAAAAUUAUGUGAAAUUCUUGACUCUUGUAAAUGUGAUCCUCUUGUAGCUAUUGCUGAGGGGAAGGUGAAAGUUGAUCAAUUUUCCACGCUAAGGGAACAUGAUCUUUGUGACACUAUACGGCAACAUAAAUGUAGUGCCGAAAGAAAGGUGAAAGCUAAUCAAUUUUCCAAACUGCGGGAACAUGAUAUUUAUGAUGACAGAACAGAGGUUCUUCGUCCAUGGGUUUUUCCUAUUUUUGGUCCCGAGUGGAAUGAUAUUAGCCCAAACGAAGUAGCAAUUGCAUUGGAGAUGCUUAGAAAUUAUGAGCCUCUGAAGUUGCAGUACUUCCAGGAAGCUGUAAUUUUUCCUUUAUCAGAUGGUUGCUUUGGACCUUUUACAGAUGAGUUCAUUGAAGUGAUUAAAAUUGCUGAUCAUGAGAGAAGAAUGCAAGGUGAUCGUUUCAUCAGUGUAAAGCAUCUUUUGUUUGGCCUUUCACUUUCAAGUGUUCGUAGAUGUGUUGAGAUGAUGCUCCAUGGUAGAGUGCUAGAUUAUACGGGUCAAUUAGCUUUGAAGCUCUCAUCGUUUAGCAUUUACAAGUUAUCGCGCGAUGCAGCUACCAUUCUUGGUGAUAAGAAUGUUGGACUUGAGCACUUGGUUCUGGCAAUUUUCUAUGGAAAGCAAGAAAAUGAUCGUACAGGGACGGCUGCACAGGAUGAUUGCAGUUCUUUGUUCUUCGACGAGAAGAAAUGGGAUGAUUACCUCUUGAAACAUUUAAGAUAGAGGGAUGAGUGUGAUUUUGCAAGCUUCAAUGACAGUGAUUUUUUCAGAUCAUUGCUACCCGAAGAUUGUUUGUCUUUUGGUAGACCGGCGGCAUUAUGUGGCUUUUCUAUCAAGGAUGAGCUGCACAAGGCUUUAAAGUCUGGCUUGAAGUUGAACGCUAUUCGGGGGUAGAAUUAUUACCUUCCCUUUUGUGGGCUGGUCUGGCUUCCACUGUAUAUGCUGUUUGAUACAUCACGAAUGCCCCUGUGAAUAUGGCUGGAAGGUUAUUAUUACUUUCGAAAUAGGAAUAUAUAUUGCAAGUGAAGCCCGUGUUUGAUUUA